AUGCUGCAUUCGCGCCUGCGGUCAGCUCCCCGCCGCAAUCCCUCUAAAACCACCACCACCAAGCCUGCGGCCCUUGCGCCAGACUUUCACGAUGCAGACUGGAGCUCGGAUGUCGAAGAGUCCCCAGAGGAUCUCUUUGGUAUUUUCCUGCCUUAUCUCUUUCCCGAUGAUGCGCGUUCGUUCCAUGGUGAUCCCGGCCAGUACCUCCUCUACUCGUCCCCGCGCUAUGGCGAGCUGGAAAUCAUGAUUCCGUCCUAUCCAGGCCAGACUGGAAAGAAGUCGGAAGAGGUCGCGAUCGGACUAGAGGAGAAGGAGGGGGGUAGUCAGACUAAGGAGGAGAGACAGCUGUUUGCGCAUUUUCUAUGGAGUGCGGGGAUGGUUGUGGCGGAAGGUAUUGAGAAUGCGAAUUGUCAGGCUACGGAGAACGACUCUGCCGCGCAGAAAGAGGCUCGUGAGAUCUGGUCUGUGUAUGGGGAAACAGUGAUGGAACUUGGCGCUGGCGCUGCUCUACCCUCUCUUAUCUGUGCCCUCGCCAAUGCCUCGCUGGUCGUCGCAACGGACCACCCUUCGUCGCCAGCCCUAACUGGUGCAAUCGAAUUCAAUGUGAGGCAGAACCUCCUCAAACGUACUUCACAACAGACCGCCGUCUCGAUCCAGCCCCAUGAAUGGGGUACCGUUACCGACUCCUUCUCCCGAUCCCAUAGGGGAACUUUUACCCGUAUUAUUGCCGCGGACUGCUUCUGGAUGCGCUCGCAGCAUGAGAACCUCGUCCGAACGAUGCAGUGGUUCCUUGCCCCGGCAGGCAGAGUCUGGUGUGUGGCUGGGUUCCACACGGGCCGGGCCAUCGUGUCGGGCUUCUUUGAUACUGCGCUUGAGAACGGGUUUGAGAUUGAGCGUAUCUUCGAGAGGGAUCUGAUCUCGAGGGAUGAGGGGGGUGGGGAGAUUCGGCGGGAGUGGGUUCCCUUGCGGGAGGGCGAGAACCCUAAUAAUCGGCAGCGGUGGUGUGUCAUUGCGGUUCUGAAGAGGAGAAAGUAA